UUUUAAAUUUAGCUAAUUCAGAUGAGAUGUUUCUUCUCUUCGUUCUCCCCAACCCCCCUUUUUUCUUUUUUCCUUUUUCCACAGUCCACGUCAAACUCCUCCCGUGUAGCAAAAAUUGUUUUGCAGACAAACUCCUAAACACAGAAACUCGGGUCGGAGGAGUGACAGCGGGCGCUGCAGGCAAUAGGAGAGCUGUCUGAAGCACCAUUGUGGGAAAAACUGAAGCACGCUCACAUUUGUAGCAGCAGUCGGCGCGCCAAACCCCGUGUUCAGCUCGUUCUCCGUGAAACACAGGAAGAGCAAUAGAGUCUCCAUUACACUCCAGUCAUCCAUGGCUUUGUGCAACGGGGAUACCAAGCUGGAUAUUGGUGGAGAAACAAAGGAUGGCUCUUGCCACUAUGAAGGAGCUGUGGUGAUCCUGGAUGCCGGGGCACAAUAUGGAAAAGUGAUUGAUCGGCGUGUGAGAGAGCUGUGUGUGCGGUCAGAGAUCUUACCACUGGAGACGCCGGCUUUCGCCAUCAGAGAACAGGGUUUCAGGGCUAUAAUCAUUUCUGGAGGGCCAAACUCUGUCUACGCAGAGGAUGCACCCUGGUUUGACCCUGCAAUUUUCACUAUUGGGAAACCGGUGCUGGGGAUCUGCUAUGGCAUGCAGAUGAUGAAUAAAGUUUUCGGAGGCACUGUCCACAGGAAGAGCAUGCGGGAGGAUGGGGUGUUCAGCAUCGGGUUGGAUAAUUCCUGUUCUCUAUUCAGGGGUCUGCAGAAAGAGGAGCUGGUACUUCUGACGCAUGGUGACAGUGUUGACAAAGUGGCUGAAGGGUUCAAGGUGGUGGCCCAAUCGGGAAACAUUAUUGCAGGCAUUGCCAACGAACAGAAGAAACUGUAUGGGACUCAGUUCCACCCUGAGGUUGACCUGACGGUACGAGGCAUGGAGAUGCUGCGCAACUUCCUGUUUGAGAUUGCCGGCUGCACCAGCAACUUCACAGUACAGAACCGGCAGGAGUCCUGCAUCCGUGAGAUCCAGGAACGAGCAGACAAGUCCAAAGUGCUGGUUCUGCUGAGCGGUGGUGUUGAUUCUACAGUGUGCACGGCACUGCUCAACAAAGCGCUCAACCAGGAGCAGGUCAUUGCUGUCCACAUCGACAACGGCUUCAUGAGAAAGAGGGAAAGCCAGAGCGUGGAGGAGGCUCUGACCAAGCUAGGCAUCAAAGUCAAAGUGGUUAACGCGGCCCACACCUUCUACAACGGGACAACGACUCUGCCCAUCUCGGAAGAGGACAGAACCCCCAGGAAGCGCAUCAGUAAAACUCUGAACAUGACCACCAACCCUGAGGAGAAGAGGAAAAUCAUUGGAGACACCUUUGUCAAGGUGGCAAAUGAGGUAAUUGGGGAGAUGAACCUGAAGCCUGAAGAGGUGUUCCUGGCCCAAGGCACGUUGAGGCCGGACCUGAUUGAGAGCGCUUCAGUCAUCGCCAGUGGCAAGGCUGAGGUCAUCAAGACGCACCACAACGACACCGAGCUUAUUCGCAAGCUUCGAGACCAGGGAAAAGUAAUCGAGCCGCUCAAAGACUUCCACAAGGAUGAGGUGCGAGCGCUGGGGCGGGAGCUGGGGCUCCCUGAGGACAUCGUCUCUCGACACCCCUUCCCUGGUCCUGGUCUGGCCAUCAGAGUGAUCUGUGCAGAUGAGCCCUACGUCUGCAAAGACUUUGCAGAGACUAACAACAUCUUGAAAAUCGUUGCAGACUUUUCAGCUAGUGUGAAAAAGCCGCACACUCUGCUGCAGAGGGUAAAGUCCUGCAUCUCGGAUGAGGAAGAGGAGAAGCUAAUGCAGAUUACCAGCCUUCAUUCACUCAAUGCCUUCCUCCUGCCAAUCAAAACCGUUGGUGUCCAGGGCGACUGCCGCUCGUACAGUUACGUGUGCGGCUUGUCCAGUAAGGAGGCCCCUCACUGGGAGUCUCUGCUCUUCCUGGCCCGACUCAUCCCCCGCAUGUGCCACAGCAUCAACAGAGUGGUGUAUGUGUUCGGAUCCCCGGUGAAGGAGCCUCCCACAGACAUCACACCCACCUUCCUGACCACCGGCGUGUUGAGCACGCUCAGACAGGCUGACUUUGUGGCACAUUCCAUCCUGCGGGAGUCUGGCUACUCCGGAAAGAUCAGUCAGAUGCCGGUCAUCCUCACCCCCCUGCAUUUUGACCGUGACCCCCUGCAGAAGCAGCCCUCGUGCCGACGGUCAGUGGUCAUCCGGACCUUCAUCACCAGCGACUUCAUGACCGGCAUUCCUGCCACACCUGGCGACCACAUCCCUGAGGAGGUGGUGCUGAAGAUGGUGAACGAAAUCAAGAAGAUCCCAGGAAUCUCACGGGUGAUGUUCGACCUAACAUCCAAGCCCCCAGGGACCACAGAAUGGGAGUAGAGCCACCCCGCCUCUGACCCCUCUUCCUCUAACCCCUUUACCCUCCUCCCCACCACAUCUCACCCGCCCCCACCCCUCCCUUCCCCCUCAGAUACGAACAUUCCCCAUUUCUGCAGGCAGUACUGUGACCAGCGCACACCUGGAGCCGCUACCUUGCACCGCCUAAUUUUUGGGGGUGGUUAUAGAUCCUUUCUUUUUCUGUUGGUGACCAUGUGUUGUUUUAAUGUUCUGCUAAUGCUGCAUCCUCUUGGAGGUCAUAUGUGAAAGCACAUUGUGGGCUAACCACAUGGUGUACUUCCAGUCACGACAUGAAACAAACCACAGAAAGAGAAAAAACUCACAAGAAAUGGGUUCAGAGUCAUUGUUCUCUUUGCCUAUUAUGCAUUGCCUCUAUAUUUUUACUUGGUUCAAUGUAAUCAUGAAGUCUCUGGUUUUCUUUGCUCCAGGACCUUUACAUAUAACCUAAGUAAAUGUAUAGAGCCCAUGCACUCUUAAGUACUUUAGCAGAAGUACAGUAAUUCAGCAUAGUGAAGAUGUGACCAAUUCAUGCUCUCAAAACCUUUUGCCAAAUUCCGUUAAAGUGGCACAUUAUUUCUGGGGAGCAUAAAAUUCCUCCAGGUUACUGAACUGUUCCCAGAAGGCACUAGUGGAGUUUGUAAGCUGUUAAGUGCAGUAAACACAAACUGUCAGUUUUACGAAGAUGAGCUACUGCAAGGAACACCCCCCCCCCCCCAAUACAAAAAUGGGGUGUGUGGCAAAGUAUGUGCCUGUUUUUCAUGACACAAUGGAGACUCAGAUCCGAUGGGAGUAUAUACUGUACUGUUUUUCCUUUCUGCAAUAAGUGCUUUUGUACGAAAAAGAUAACGAAACAAUGGCGAGACAGUGGGGAAUAACUGACCCAUUUGUAUCCACUUUGAACACUUCAUUAUCACAACCACCAUGCAGGCAGUUUUGGUGUUGUGUAAGGUUAACUUUUGCACAUUAAUUUCAUUUUGUUUAAUCCAUGGCCUUGGUGCUUUUCUGCUUUAUAGAGUAAUAGUAUUUCCAGGUUAAAGGAGGUUUCUUCCUGGUAAGUGUGAGGGGUCAAUUCUGGCUGUUGGUGUUUGAGUCUGGUGUCCCUGGGGCCUGUUGUGCAGGAUAGAAUCAAAGGAGGAUUCUCUGGCUCCUGGCCAGUGGGUCAGGUCCUCCUCACAAAGCAUUUAUACUUCAAUCGGUGAGUGCGAGGAUGACGAUUAGAUGCAUUUAUUGUCCCACAUGAGCUUAGCCAGGCAUUCACACCCAGUUACUUUCACUUUGGCCUCAUGAACGAAACCUCUGAUUUAGAUCAAUUUUAUACAGUGGUAAUAAAAAGCUUAUAUUUAGGUAUUUAUUGUCUUCGUACGUAUCAUUGCAAACUGUGUUUGUUCGUCACAAACUGAACAAUGCAAGAUGGACUUGUUCCGUGUCUUAACUGCAAAACUUGUUCUUAAUGUUCUCCCUCCGUGUAUGUCGCCUUUUUACGUGUACAUUUUACUUACGUCUCCAAGGAAAUGCGGACUUGUAAUGGACAUUUGAUUGGGGGGUUGGGUUUAAUUGCAAUAUGAAAUACAUUUUUAAGUUUAAUUUAUGCAAUUAUAUGUCUGAGAGAUUCUUUGUUUAAAACAGUGCUUUUUCCCUUAGUAAUGUGCCUCAAACCAAGCUACUGCAUGCAGUUUCAACAUUGAAAUUUGUACAAUGAAAACCGAGCUUUAAUAAAGAAGUCCAUGUUGAAAGUAA